ACGGAGGACCAGUCGGCCUCACCACCGCGGAGUCACCGCGCGCCGCGCGCGACUGUCGCAAAAAUUCGCGCAACUGACGCCGGCGGAGAACAUACGCGCCUCUAGUGGAACCUUGCGCUCUUAUCUCGUCCUAGUGCCUUCAGUGAUUAGACUGUGACUAUCGAUACGUGCAACACACGCAUGCUAAUUACCAAGAAAAUUGCAACACGCCAUUUGUGACUCAAACUUAAGUGGCCAGUGACUUAACUAGUGCAAAAAGUUUACAUACUCGACUAAAGCAAAAGCAAAAAAAAAACUGAAAUGAAUUCCGAAUUCGGAUUAUCUGUCAAAUUUUCCCGCGCGGCGUGAUCGAAAAUGUCAGUUAAAAACAAAAGUACUGUUCUGAAUUUGUUUCGUGCCAAGGUAGCUGUGAAAAAUGGACUUGACCACGCGUCGGGGAGACUUGUUGGAAGGUGCCGGGGACGUUUUGUCUUUAAACGGGAAUGGGACUGACCAGGUGUGCCGGGACUUAGUGAAUGGAACGGAGAGCGGUUGUGACGUCAGCACCGUGACGGCGGAAGUGACGACAUCUAGGAAGACGAGCUCGUUUAGCAUCAGGAACCUCGUUGGCACGGGGGAGCCGGACAGGCCGUCUGAUGGCGCGCCUAAUCCUAGCGAUGAUUACUUCACCCAAAAUCAAGAGUACCAAAAAUACGCUGCCUCAAUGGGGGUAUCGGAGCCCCCUAAAGACGAUUCACCUCGGACGACCCCCGAGUUGUCGCGAGCUGAUCAAUCCCCUUCAGAACGCCCCCCUCCAGGAUCCGCAGACAGUGAUGAUGCUGACGAGUUCGCGCCGAAAAGGAAGCAGAGGAGAUAUAGGACCACGUUCACUAGUUUCCAGCUUGAAGAAUUGGAGAAGGCUUUCUCAAGGACACAUUAUCCUGAUGUCUUUACGAGAGAGGAGCUGGCUAUGAAAAUUGGCUUAACGGAAGCAAGAAUACAGGUGUGGUUCCAAAACCGUCGCGCAAAAUGGCGCAAACAGGAGAAAGUUGGUCCUCAGGCGCACCCCUACAACCCGUACUUAGGGGGGGCGGCGGGGGCUCCCCCUCCCUCUGUCGUGGCUUCCAUGCCCAACCCAUUCUCACAGCUGGGCUUUGGAUUCAGGAAGCCUUUCGAUACGAAUGCCUUGGCUCAGUUUAGAUACGCGGGAGGACCUGUGCUGGGCGCUCAAUACCUCGGCGCUCCACUCCCUCGACCGCCACUCUUCAGCGCUCCCCUAUACACCAGCAGUCCUCCCUUCCACUCCCUCCUAGCAGGCCUCGCGGCCCCACCACGACAAUCCCCAGACCCACCCCCAGUCUCACCCCCAAUCUCCCCUGGAAGCGAAUCACCCCCAACCCAACCAUCAGCUCCAGAAAUAGAAAGAAGAAGCUCAAGUAUCGCGGCCCUCAGAAUGGCUGCGAGAGAACAUGAAUUGAGAUUAGAAAUAUUAAGACAGAGGCAUCAUACCGACUUGAUUAGUUGAACGUGCCUCGUCCAGUUUCGGAGAACUCGAAUCCGGUUUCCUAAUUGAAGCUUGAACCUUCGCCAAGGCUGGUUUGUGAACAAAUCUAGAUACGUUGAACGCUGGCACUUAUUUGUAAUAUGUCGGGAAUCAGGUUGUAAUGGAAGAAUUAAUUAUAACUGAAUUUUGCUUACUUUUUGUCGCUACGGUUCAUUUUCGUCUCAAAAUUUAACGUCGCCAUUUUUUGCGCAAAUUCUUAGAAGUUUGAUACGUUGUCCCUUGCGUUCUUGACAUUGUCAGAUAAAACUAUGAAAUUAACAGAAUUAAGUAUUUAAAAAGGCUAGUAAAUACAAAUGCUGGGAACCAGUUAGAUAUCUUAAUUGUAAUUAAAAACUCGACUGGGAGCCCUGUUGAAAUAUUUCUUCAAGAUAAUGACAAAAAGUGACAACAAAAUUAAAUGGCUCUGGUAUUUAGUUAUUUACAAUUAUACGUACUUAAUUAUUGAGUGAAUGAAACGAGUUCCAGUGAGUUAUAUAAAUGUUUACAUAGGUAUACUAUAUUUUGGCUAAAUGCCUUGUAAGAUAACUAUCGUAGUAAAGAAAUAGUACAUUUAUUAUGUUAAUAUUUUAAUGUAAGGUGUAGUUACUUCAAAUCCGUCCAUUAUAGGCCUUAUUGUUAUUUAUUGUAGGAUAAGUAAUCUUAAGUUUUUCAAGUGAUCAUUGUAUAAGUAAUAUGAAGACUCCAUGCCUUCUGUGCCUUUAUUCAAAAGUGGCUCCUUAGAAAUUAUGGCGCAAUACGGUAGAUGACUAAUUUCUAUUUAAUGUCCGUCUUGUAGAUUAUUUUAAAAUAGCAGAUACGUAUUUUUUAUUUUCUCACAGAAACAAAUACUCUCGAAGAUGUAUUAAUUUGAAAUAUCGCGUGACGUCACUUCUUGGUACGUUUUUUACCUACGUAGAAAUGACGUAGUUGCUCCCACUCUAUCUAAGCAUUGUUAUCUUAAAUGACAAAAUAAAAAAUACGUAUCUAAUAUUUUUCCAUUACCUGACUGACGGGCUAAUUAGAUUUUUAAUUUUCAUACCCCGUGAUCAUCCCUAUUAAAAUAUAUCCUAAAUGGUCGGCAACACUUUCGAAAUGCCUCUGGUAUAGGUUAGGGCUACGGAGACCGUCUACCAUCAAACGAACCAUAAGUCUUGUUACUUAUAAAAAAAAGUAUUAUUUCUCAAUAUUAUCUAUCUAUUUAAAUCUUUGUUUUACUUAUUAUACCUUCAGUACACAUGCAAAAUCUAUUUUUAUCUAUUUUAAGUAAUAAUAUUGGUAUGAUUUAUGUCAGAAAUUAAAGCAAAAUGAGUCUACAGUACAUAAUAUUUGUUUUAAAUUGUUUACCUAGGUAAAAUUGCGUGGAGCUUGCAAACUUAGGUAUGUUUUUUGAUCUUUCAACUGUCUUUACGUGUGGUGUAGGUUGCCAUUUAUUUACUCAAAAAUAAAACUUUUAAAUUGACACGUUCUUUUUUUAAAAGUUCAUUUUUAUUUUUAAAACAGUUUUUUUAUUAAGUUGCACCAAAGAGUAUUGAAUGUAAACCACAAUGUUUUGGUUAAAGAGAAAAUUUUUAAUAGCUGCACAAACCACGUUGUCUUCGCUUCUACUGUUUGUUAAAGGUUAAACAAAACGACAUUAUGAAUAAUCUUGUAUAAAAUAAAAGUAUUGAAACCUUUUA